AUGAAGCGUGCCUUACUACUGGUUUUGUUCUUGGCUACGUUUACAGAUGGCUUUUUGACGAUUCUACAGCGUCGUGCUGCUGAUAAUGUUAGUUCUGAAGAAGAGAAUGAAAGUGAAACGGUAAGAAUAACUUAUUUUCUUAUGAAACUUAUUAUAUUAUACGAAAUUGUUAUUUUCUAAGCUGUUGUUAUAAAAAAAUGCUUUUUAAGUUUCAAAAUUAAAAAAUUGAAAUUCAUGUUAAGGUAGCCCCAGAAGACCAGGAUGAAGACGGCUACCCCACUCCAAGACCUCACAGUGCUGGAUUAGAAAUCCUCAAGCCACAGAAGGUAGUCAGAGACUUAAGUCACUCAGACUAUGCUGGAAUGCUUCAUCGUGAUAGUCAAGACAUAGCUGAUAUGUUAGAGAAACAUAAUGUCUAUGUCAAUAAAGGAUCAUCAGAAGUCCCCAGAUUCAGCUACGCCGACAGCUCGCGAUGGAUUUUGUCAAACAACAGUCCAAAGACUAGCCAGCCGGUUUCAAGCCUUUCUGGUCAGACGACUAAUGACCCUUUUAGCCAGGUGUCUAGUUUAAAAAGUGUGCCAGCUUCUGAAGACCUCAGUGGACCGAUUUUCAGUCCAUCGAGCGAGUCAGGACUAAACGGUGAACCUAAAACCUUAUUGUUUGGCCUUUCUAGUCGGUCAAACCAAAAAAGUGAAACAUUGGGUCAAAGUAGUCUCUUCACGUCACCCACCUAUCAGGAAAGUAAACCAUUUGGUAUACCUGAAGCCGCGUCAGGCGAAGAAGACUAUUCCAACCAAAAAACGCUAGAAGAACGCUACAUGGAAGCCAACAUUCCAUUAAAGUAUGGUCAACAAGAAUCAACCCUAGAUGAUCUACUAGGCCAUAAAGAUAGCCAAGUCAAUUCAUACGAUAGCAAGCUCUCUUCAUACAACGGUAAAAUCAGUUCAUACGACAAAAACAGUCCACUUACCAGUUUUAACAGCAGAAAACAGUAUUUAGAAGACAAUGCUGAGCUACAAAACCAAGGUUCUGAAAAUGACUUUGGAUCAGCAAAAUUGUAUUCAGAAGAUGUGAGAUCACCCUACUCUAAUGACAAUACUGGAUUAGAAGACACUGAAACUAAAAAGUUCUUAGAUUCAGAUGAGCUUCUGAGCCGAGCCGGUCUUAAUUCAGAUUCUUUGAAGUUUGUGCGUGAUUCAGAAGGCAAAACAUUGUUAACAUCAGCACAAAUCGAUGCCAAAUUAGAUGAACUCUUAAAAGAAAACGAUGGAGAUCUUCUCAAAGUUGAUUCAGAUGAAGACGAUGACAAAACACUAACUUAUGAAAAAGAUGACGUUUCCUUGGAAUCUGAAAAUGAUGAUGAUACAGAGGUAGAUACUAAAGAAGAAGAUGACAGUGAAGAAUCAGAUGAAGAAUUGCUCGACUCUUCAGAAAAACGACUUCCAGUUGAAAGUGAGAAGACUCCAGAUGAAAUUCAACGAUUCUUGGAUGAAAUCGACGCUCGUUACGGUAAAAGUCGUCAAGGUUCUGAAUCCAAUGUGAAAGAAGAAUACCGUCAUCCUUACUUGACUUCUUAUAUUGUUAACGAUAAGGCCAAGUCAGGUGAAGCUUUAUUUAAGUCAGACAGAAAGAGAAGACAAGCCCAAGCACCUACACUACAAAAUGGAGCUUCUGGUACUCCGAUUGGUACAAUUGGAAAUGGAAAAGUUCUUAGUAACUCCAGGUUUCAACCGCCUGGUUUGUCAAGUGAUCAAGGGCUGAGUGGUCAACUAAAUAGUCAGUUAACUGGUCAAGGACUAAGUGGCAAUAGUCAAUUAAGCAGCUUAGGCUCUUCACCUAAUGGUCAAGUCUCAGAUCUGAAACAGACAUCAGGUGGAAUGUCUUAUAACCUUAAUUUCGAACCGGCUAAAUCAUCAAAACCAAAGAUCAGCAAACGCAAUGUCCGCUUCAAUUUUAAUCCGGCUAGCAGCGAAAGCACAGAAACAGACAGUGACGAACUUCCGAUUACUGUAACCAGGGUGAAGAGCUCAAAUCAUGACCGACUGUCUGAGAUCUUUGACAAAAUUGCAAGUCAAAGUAGGAUAUCAUUGAGAGAGGAAGAGCCAAUUGUACCAGUGUUUUCUAAUGUCAACAGAUUCCCUGCGUGAGUUUGAAAAUAGUAAUGUAGAUAUACUGUAAUCUGGAACUUAAAAUAUAAAAUACAAAAAGUAAAACCAUUUUUAAAGUGUGUAUAUCAAGAUAUCAAAAAACCUUAAGAACAAAUUAUAAUAACCUUAUGACUUUAGCUGUAGUAAAUAUAAAAUUGAAAAUGCCAAAGUAAGACAUAAUUUAAAAACAUUCUUUUUUUACUAGUAUAUUCUAAAAAAAUGUCUUUACUACAUAAAACAAUGCACGUCAAAAGAAAAUAAAGCAAAAAACUUGAAACUGUAUUUGACAUUCCGCAACCAAUACAUCGAGAACGAAAACUCGGCCAUUUAGCUUUUAAAAAACUUAAAAAAAGUUUUUAAGACCAACUUUAUGGUGUUAUUUAACAAUUUUUACAAAAAAAAAUUUAAAUUGUUAGAUUAUACUUAAUAUAACAGGUUUAAACUUAUCACUAUUUCCAAAAAAAACCCCAAAAUCUCGGCGAAAAAAAAAAUGUCUAACCGCUCUCUUUGCGACCACGUGGGUGGUCUCUUCGUUUUUCACUCUCUCGUUUCCUUUUUUGUCUAUUCGCUCUCACGAAAAGCAAGCGCUUUUCUAUUUUAUGAGUAUGGAGGACGAAAUGCCACACGCGUUUUCGGUUCUAUAUUUUGACGUGCAAUGUAACAUAAUCUCAAAAGUAAGAUUACAUACCUGAUGUUACCAUCAUCAGAUUUUUUACAAACAUUUUAAGACCUAGCGUCAUUUAAUGCGCUAACAAGAAUAAGGCGAUUAGAAUUGUAAAAGUGCUGUAGUCGAAAAGUAAAAGGAUAAAACAUUGCAAAGAUACUAUUACAAAACUAUGUCAUAUAAGACAAUAUUACUAGUAAAACAAUCAAAGUUAAGGUACUAGAGGAGUUUAUUAUACAGGAGGAGUUCCACUUUAUUUACAGCAAGAGCUCCGAGAUUACUGGGACUAAUUUAGCUUAACAACAUUUAAAUAAAGAUGUAUUAGCUUGCUGUACCACAAAUCUGAAGAAUUGCAAUUAUUAACCUUCAAUGAAGUAUUACAGUGAUUAACUCGCAAGUACGUACAAUUUGCUGCAGUACAAACUUGCUAUAGUAUUUUUAAGCGUAGUAACACUUUUGAGCACUAGUAUUAAGAAGUUAAAAUUAGAAGAUUUACUUUUUGGCUUGUUGUAAUAAGUUGCAAUAAUAAAGUAAAAGAUUUACUUCUUGACUUUUAGCAGUAGAAGAUUUAGAACUUGCAGUAUCUUGCAAAGUAAUACUUUUUGCAACACUUAGGCAUGCGUAAUAGUGGUCUAGACUUGACACUCACAAAACUGUCAAUAAAUACUGACAAGAGAAGGAGGAAAAGCUCAAUAAGCAUUUUUGUCUAAGAAAAUUUUGAAAAUUUAAAACAAUAAAAUGAAAAAUUUUUAAAAAUUGUUCUGAAUUCAAAAAAAAUUUUAAAUAACUAAAAAUUAAAAAAAUUAUUUUCACUUUCAACUAAAAUUGAAAAAACCAGAAACUUUCUUUUACUAAACUUUUAGUUUCAGACCCCUCCCCGUAGCUCCAGAAGCCGACGACCAGCCCUCACAACCAGAACCUUUACAAACUGGCCCUUCAUCAUCUGAAUCCUCAGAAGCUGAACCCCCAACCAUUGAAAUCUCGCGUUUGGAAAAAGGGUUCGGCUUCUCAAUUCAGUUCAGCCCCCUAACCCUCGGUAUCAUACUGUCAUUCAUACUAUUAAGCAUGAUAAUCCGUCUGGUAUUCAAAUUGAAGAAGGACGACUACGCCCAUCACAAAUUUGACAACAAUAAAGUGACAAAAGCUUAA